AUGCCGAACAUCGAAAAGGAGAUGACCGCUUCCUACACAGAUACGAAGGACUACUGCCUGGAUGAGGACCUCAAGCACUACGUCUUUUCUAAUGCCUCUAAACGCAUGCUUGUCGCCGAAGGCCCCGAAACAGGCAACGAGGUCUGGAUGGCUGUACACAUCAACAAGAUGCCAACAAAGGAUAAGUUCAAACUGAAGCCAUCCUAUUACAACUCUCCGAACAAGGACAAGCAGCUCAACGUAGUCGAGGCAAAGAAAAUCAACAAGGACCAUUUGUUCAAUGGGCUGCCGAGGAAUGGAUGGUGGAUUCAGACCGCGCUCGCGAUCUACAAGCACAAAUAUCGAGACUACCUUUCAGAAGAGCUCGUAAGAGAGCAGAACGAUCUGAAGAGCAAGCGAGCGAAGCCAGCCAGGAUCACUAAACCGCAGUUCAAGAGCAUUAAGAGCACCAAGAGCAUCAAGCACACGGAGAGCAAAACCGUCAACAAGGAACAGCCCAACGUAAAGACCAUAGACCUGCAAGGGACGUUCUUCGCCUUCGAAAAGAACUUGUCCGCAGGCGAGUACGAGCUCAUCGGAGCCGAAAUGGCCAAUACACUCAGCCUCAAGACAACACCUCCAACACGUGUGCUCUCAGAGAUGAGGGACUUUGCGAGACUCACCGGAUACAGUGUUUGCUAUGCGCCUUCUUGGGGUCAGUGGCUGGAGGAUACGCGACAAGAGCUUCCCGAGCCGGCUGCUGUUGAUGCCGAGGCAACGAACAAGGAAGAAGACGAGGCAAGGGAGCCCAUGGAUCUAGUGUCCAUUGCCCAUUCCAUUGCCGAUAUCCCGAGCGGCUUUCGACUAAGGCUCCUGGACCCCAUGCCCGAUGACAUGAUCGCUGGCAUCGAAAAGGUGACAGCAUAUUUUGAGAUGAGAGCGAAAGAACUUGCAGCUGGUGCUUGA